UCAAUUGAAUGAUUCAAUUUGAAUCUGAAGCACAUGUUGAUUAAUUUUGAUUUUGUUUAUUUCUAAUUGUUCAUCAAAUUAUCUACCUGAAUUUGUGGUGAAUCAGUGAAUUUAAUUUCCAUGGAAAGUUCAAUCAAAUUGUGUUGUAUUUGUAAAGAAAAACAAUUUAAAUACAAGUGCCCAGGAUGUUUGAUGAUCACUUGUUCAGUUGAAUGUAUCAACAUUCAUAAAGUUGAAUUUGAUUGUGAUGGUAAACAAAGUAUUCAGUUUAAAAAGAUUGAUGAUUUUGAUGAUAAACAAUUUUUCAAAGACUUUGAAUUUCUCGAAGAAGGUUCAAGACUUUUAGAUUGUUCCAUUCGAGGUCGUAAGAAGAUAAUUAAAAACUCUGAUCAUAUUCCAGCCUGGGCUAGGAAAUUAGUUUUUGCUGCUCGAAAAAGAGGAACCAGACUUAUCCUACUACCUGGUAGUUUCGAGAAAAGAAUCAAAAAUCAAACAAAUUACAUUUACAAUAAAGAGUUAAUCAGAUGGGAUGUUGGCCUUGUUUUCACACAUAUUACCGAAAAGGGAACUGUCAUUGAGAAACCUUCAUCUUUGGUUUUAAAUCGAGUUGAUGAAAAUAAAACCCUCGGCGAAAUAUUGACUGAUGUUAUCAAUCCAAAAGAUAUUCUGGAAAGACAUGAUAUUUGGAAACUGUUGACAUGUUACAGAUUAUCCGAUGAAUCGAAAUUUUUAAUUUUACUUUUUACUGGUAAAAAGUUUCAUCAAAUCGAUGGAAAAGAAAGCUUAAAUAAAGCUCUUCAAAGGAGGACAAUAAUUGAAUAUCCAACUUUCAUAAUAACUUUCAAUGAAUUUAAGGAUAGAUUUCCGAUCGUUGCGGUUGAUGAGACUAGUGAUAUCGCCAACACUUUGGCUGAGAAGAACUUUUUUGGUAACAACUUUCUCAAAAGGAAAAUGUAUUUUAAUGAAAAGAGAAAACAACCGGAAGAGUUGAAUCCACACAUUGAGCCUAAAGUAGCCAAAAAAGACCAGGACCAAGACCAAGACCCCAAACAAGACCAAGAACCACCAGAAGGUAACCCGAUUCCCAUAGACUGCAACAAUCAAGUCUGUGUUGAUCCAAUUUUGCCUCAAAGCGUAUCAGAUGUGUCAUCUUUAUCUGCUAGCGAUGAUGAGGAUUACCAAAAGUUCUUAAACAUUGGGUUUGCUCGGCAGUCAACUGGCAUCUAAAAUUUAAAUCAUUUUUCCUUUUCAUCUUAUUGAAUUCACUGUAAAAAAAAAGUAUAUAUACCAAAUCAAAUCACAAAUCUCAUCUUGUAUAAUAUGAUAGAUAAUCUAAUUUUCUUACUUUGUUAACAUGGCGACAUCCCUCAAAAGUCCUUUGGUAGAUUCUUCCAAUUCAGUCCUCCUUUUGAUCAAUUUCUCUUCUUUUUCUGCUCUCUUGACCUUUUCAGUUUCGCUUUUAUGUUCAACAUAAGCUUUUUCCUCUUGUUUACUGUUGAUCUUCACCUGUAGCUCUUGAUUCUCAGUCUCAAUCAAUUUAAUUUCUUCCAAUUUGGCUUCUUGUUCCGCUUUUAUCUUUUCUUUAUAAUCUACAUCACCAAAGUAUUUCUUCAAAUGAUCAAAGGUUUUUGACGAAAAUGAUUCAUUAAUGUCAAUUAUUUUCUUUUUAAGAACAGCCAAUCUCAUUGAACGUUCAACAAUAUAACCUUCCAAUUUAUUGAUCUCUUGGGACAAAUAGUCACAUUGGAUGUUGAGAAUAAACAAAACUACCUUGUCUCUUGA